UUACUCCCUUCUUUCCUCACUGCUUUCAUCUCUCUCUCUCUCUCUCUCUCCAAACUCCUUCGGCCACCAUUUUUGGGUGGGUAGCUGAAGGUAUUUUACUUGCCAAAAUGAAGAUGUUCCUUGUUCCAAUAUUAAUUCUCCUUGCUUCAACUCUCUCCUUUUCCUUCGCAGCCGCUAGAUUGCCGGAUUCUGAAGUGCAAGCUUUAAGUGACAUAGCGAAGAGUUUAGGGAAGACGGACUGGAAUUUCAGCGUAGAUCCAUGCACUGGAGACUCUGGAUGGUUCAACUCACCACAAGAUUUAUUCGCGAAUAAUCUUACCUGCAACUGCUCCAGUGGAACUGAGUGCCACGUUGUCAGCAUAAUUCUCCAAGGACAAAAUCUUUCCGGCACACUCCCACCAGAUUUGACCGGGUUGCCUUCCCUCCAACUAAUUGACCUCACCCGCAACUACCUUAACGGUUCAAUCCCUCCGGGAUGGGGUUCUUCCACGCAGCUGGUCAACAUUUCCCUUCUUGGAAACCGGUUAACGGGUUCUAUCCCCAAAGAGCUGGCAAACAUCCCAACUCUCAAAAACUUUACGGUGGAGUUCAAUCAGCUUUCCGGAAAUCUUCCUCCAGAGCUUGGCAAUAUGUCCUCCAUAGAAAGAUUUCUCCUCAGCUCGAAUAAUUUUACUGGGGAGCUGCCUGAUUCAUUUGCAGGGCUGAUUACAUUGAAGGACUUUCGGAUCAGCGACAAUCAAUUUUCUGGAAAGAUACCCAAUUAUAUUGGAGACUGGAAAAACCUUACAAAACUAGUGAUCCAAGCAAGUGGUUUGAACGGGCCAAUUCCUCCUGGCAUUGCUUUUUUGGAAAACUUAACAGACUUGAGAAUUAGUGACUUGAAUGGAUCUGAAGAAUCUUUUCCACCACUUAAUAAUCUGAAACAGUUGGAAACACUGAUAUUGAGGAGUUGCAAUAUCACUGGUCGACUACCUGAAUAUCUCGGGAAUAGGACAACGUUGAAUACCUUAGAUCUCAGCUUUAACAAACUAAGUGGAGAAAUCCCAAGGAACUUUUCCGGUCUCGAAAAGCUAAAGUUCAUAUAUUUAACCGGCAACUUGCUAACUGGAGAAGUGCCUCGUUGGAUGUGGACUGAAGGGAGCGGCAACCGCAACAUUGAUCUUUCAUAUAACAAAUUUACGUUUGGGGAAUCUGAGUUGUCAAAUUGUCUACAUAGUUUGAACUUGUUUGCAAGCUCUUUGAUUGGCAAUAACUCUGGCAUGGUUCCAUGUUUGAAACGUUGUAUCGAUCAAAGCAAAUCAAACAAUCUUUAUAUAAAUUGUGGUGGACAAACAGUAACUAUAAAUGGAAGUACUAUAUAUUAUGAAGAUGCUGAUACAGAUUCAAGUGGAGCUUCACACCUCCACCAGAAUUCAAACAGCUGGGCAUUUAGCAGCACUGGUAACUUCAUGGAUAAUGGUGACGAUGACACUUAUAUUGUGUCAAAUUCAUCCAGGCUCUCUAUGACCAACCCUGAAUUGUACAUGAAUGCACGCCUUUCUCCUAUUUCUCUUACUUAUUAUGCUUUUUGUUUGAGAAAUGGAAAUUACAAAGUAAACCUCCAUUUUGCGGAGAUAAUGUUCACUGAUGACAAAACAUAUAGAAGCUUGGGAAGGCGUAUAUUUGAUAUUUACAUUCAGGGAGAGUUGGUAUUGAAGGAUUUCAACAUUGUAAAAGAGGCUGGUGGAGUGGGUAAGGCAGUUAUAAAAACUUUUACAGCAGCUGUGAAUAAUAAUAAUACCUUGGAGAUUCGUUUCUACUGGGCUGGGAAGGGCACAACUGAUAUCCCGAACAAAGGAGUCUAUGGUCCUCUUAUUUCAGCUAUUUCUGUGGUUAAUUCUGCCGAUUAUAUAUCAGAAAAUGGAACUAGUAUAUCUCUGGGUGCAAUGGUCGGGAUUGUCGUUGCUGGAGCUUUUGUUAUAUUUGCAAUUGGUAUCGUCGGGUGGAAAUGUCGUGAACAGAAAAAUAAGAUGGAACAAGAUUUAAAGGGUUUGAACUUGCAAACUGGUACAUUCACCUUAAGGCAAAUCAAAGCUGCAACAAACAACUUCGAUGCUGCAAAUAAAAUUGGAGAAGGUGGUUUUGGUUCUGUUUAUAAGGGCCUUCUGUCAGAUGGCACCAUAAUUGCAGUCAAACAGCUCUCUUCCAAAUCAAAGCAAGGAAAUCGUGAGUUUGUGAAUGAGAUAGGCAUGAUUUCUGCUUUGCAACACCCUCAUCUUGUUAAGCUCUAUGGAUGCUGUAUUGAAGGAAAUCAAUUGUUGCUAGUAUACGAGUACAUGGAAAAUAAUAGUCUCGCUCGUGCUUUGUUUGGGCCAGAAGAAUAUGGGUUGAAAUUGGAUUGGCCAAUGAGACAAAAGAUUUGUGUUGGUAUAGCAAGAGGUUUGGCCUUUCUCCAUGAAGAAUCGACACUGAAGAUUGUUCAUAGAGACAUCAAGGCUACUAAUGUCUUGCUUGAUAAAAAUCUCAACCCAAAGAUAUCUGACUUUGGUUUGGCCAAGCUUGAUGAAGAGGAUAAUACCCACAUAAGCACCCGAGUUGCUGGAACUUAUGGAUAUAUGGCACCUGAAUAUGCAUUGCGGGGUUAUUUAACCGAUAAAGCAGAUGUUUAUAGUUUUGGAGUUGUUGCCUUGGAAAUCGUCAGUGGGAGGACCAACACCAGUCACCGGGCAAAGGAGGAAUCUUUCCAACUUCUUGAUUGGGCACUUCUUUUAAAAGAGAAAGAGAGUUUAUUGGAACUAGUGGAUCCAAGGUUGGGCUCAAACUACAAUAAAGAAGAGGUCAUGGUGAUGAUCAAUGUGGGUCUCCUAUGCGCCAAUGCUUCAGCAGCAGUUAGGCCUACCAUGUCUGCAGUGGUGAGCAUGCUUGAGGGCGACGUUGUUGUUCCAAGGUUGGUUUCAGAUCCAAGUGUCUCAAAUAAUGAAAUGAAAGAGGCAAUGUGGCAGAAAUAUCAACAAAGCAAACAACAGAAUAGGAGUGGAAGCCAGAAAGAGAGUAUCUCAACGGAUGGCCCAUGGACUGCUUCUUCUAACUCUGCUGCUGAUCUAUAUCCAGUCAAUUUGGAUUCUGAUUACUUGGAGAAAAGAUCUUUGAGAAGUUGAAGAAGCUCCAUCUCUCAGUUUGGUCGUCAAUAUAAAUCUUAACUUGCAAUGGUUUGUGGUAUAUUUUUCAUUUUUAUUUUACAAGUUCUCUCGGGUUAUCCUUGUGAAAGAAAAAGACAUGAUUACAUGGAUCAAACUCAUUAAUGUGCUAUUAUUAUUAUUAUUAUUAUUAUUAUUAUUAU